AUGGAAAUAAUGCGAGUUCUUCACAUGAACAAAGGAAAUGGUGAAACAAGUUAUGCCAAAAACUCCAUCGUUCAGAGUAACAUAAUAUCUCUAGGCAGAAGAGUAAUGGACGAGGCCUUGAAGAAGCUAAUUAUGAGCAAUCCAGAAAUUUCGAGCCUUGGAAUCGCCGACUUAGGCUGCUCUUCCGGUCCAAAUAGUCUCUUGUCUAUCUCCAACAUCGUAGACACAAUCCAAAACGUGUGUCUUGACCUUGACCGUCCUGUCCCUGAGCUCACAGUGUCUCUUAACGACCUCCCUAGCAACGACUUCAACUACAUAUUUGCUUCUUUGCCGGAGUUUUACGACCGGCUUAAGAAAGGAGACAAUAAUAAUAAGGAUUGUUUAGGAAGACAGUGUUUUGUGUCGGCGGUUCCUGGCUCUUUCUACGGACGUUUGUUUCCACGCCAGAGCCUUCACUUUGUUCAUUCUUCUUCUAGUCUACACUGGUUGUCUCAGGUUCCAUGUGGUGAGGUGAGCAAGGAAAAUGGGGUGGUCAUAACAGCUGAUUUUGACAACAAAGGGAAAAUAUACAUAUCCAAGACAAGUCCGAAGAGUGCACAGAAAGCCUAUGCUCUUCAAUUCCAAACCGAUUUCUCGGUGUUUCUGAGAUCGCGAUCUGAGGAGUUGGUUCCUGGAGGCCGAAUGAUUUUAUCGUUAGUUGGUAGAAGCUCACAGGAUCCUACAACCGAAGAGAGUUGCUAUCAGUGGGAACUCCUAGCUCAAGCUCUAAUGUCCAUGGCCAAUGAGGGUAUCAUCAAAGAAAAGAAUAUCGAUGCUUUCAAUGCUCCUUACUAUGCUGCGAGCUCCGAAGAGAUUAAAAUGGCGAUUGAGAAAGAAGGUUCUUUUUCGAUUGAUCGACUUGAGAUAAGUCGGGUUAAUUGGGAAGGAGAGAGUGUCAGCGAGGAAAACUAUGACAUAGUACGCUCCAAACCAGAAGCCGAAGCUAGUGGACGAAGAGUGGCUAAGACAAUUCGAGCUGUAGUGGAGCCGAUGCUAGAACCUACAUUUGGUCAUAAUGUGAUGGAUGAACUCUUUGAAAGGUAUGCAAAGAUAGUAGGAGAAUACUCAUAUGUGAGCUCGCCUCGAUACGCUAUUGUUAUUGUUUCACUCGUAAGGAUUAGUUGAUCAUGUUAUAAACUAUGCUUUUUACAUGUCUUUGGACCUAUACGGACAUGAUUCGUACUUUUUAAUUAUUGAAGUAUAUAUAUAUAUAUGUAAUGUUAUUUGCUUCAAUAAUAAAAUAUAAAAAAAAGAAGUGUGGUUUAC